AUGGUAGAGCAACCCGCAAACGUGGAUGCCGCCGUGAAUACCCCAGUUGUGGUUGAUUCAAACGAUGAUGGAACAGUCGCCCAGGAACUGGAAUUAGAGCAUAUGAGGAGUACAUUGGAAGAGGCGAUUGUGGAAACGCGCAGUACGCCUCUCGAAAAUCGACCGCGACUUCCCCGCAUAGCCCUAAGCAAGCGGAAUCGGGCUGUCGUGAGGGCUCUGAACCCAAUGCUGGUGACCUAUUUGGAAGCCAGCCGGGACCUUUGCGAGACGGAUUCAAUUCUUUUUGGCGCCGCGCUGGCAGUCUGCCGUAUCAUAGGCGCCAAGGUUUCCACGGCUGGACGCGCUACUGGCCAUAGUAGCGCUAUCCCAGCAUGGAGAAGAAGAAUUGAGGAACGUAUCGCAAAGGCUAGAGCUCUCAUCGGCAGACUGAUAUGCUUCAGAUCAGGCAACAACAGGCCAAGAAUUGUGCGCACCGUCAGGAUGGCGUUUGCUGGGACAAAUGUCAGUUUGUCCCAGCCGGAUAUAACGCAAAAACUGACGGAGCGCAUAGAUGCUCUGAAGCAGAGAAUCGCUGCUUGGGGAAAGCGGAUUCGGCAAUAUACCGAGAGGUCGACACGGUUCAACCAGAAUCGUCUCUUCCAGAGUGAUCAGAAGAGGCUCUAUGAAUCAUUGGAGCGACCAAUGGUAAGUGGAACGGGUCCAGCACCGAAUCGGGCCGACACUGUAGCAUUCUGGCGCGGCCUGUGGUCAGAGCCCGUAAACCACAACGAGGGCCCCUGGACGGAAGUUGUGGCGAGGCAGUGUACGGGUAUUACGCCCAUGGACCCCGUCAUCAUAACGCCGGAUGACGUAGCUGAGGCGGUCCGUAGGGCCCCGAACUGGAAAAGUCCGGGGCUUGACGGGCUGCAUCACUACUGGCUGAAGGGGUUCAUGGUGUGUCACGCUGUGCUCGCCCGACAGUUUCAAGAGGCUCUCAACCAGAAGUCGCUCCCAAGCCUCUUCACUACUGGGAUCACUCAUUUGGUUCCUAAAGAUCAGGAUGCCACAGACCCGAGCAAAUACCACCCCAUCACGUGUUGA